AUGUUAUAUCCACCUCGUAGUGCCAGUCCAUCGGCCAAUCAUGCUAGUCCUUCGCGCUAUGCCUCUCUUAUGCUCGUAAAGGGUAAAACCCUCAACUACAACUCCGCACGAGUCGAAGAAGUCACCUUGUUUCUCGACUCCGGAUCGCAAAAAAGUUUUAUAGUGUUAAGUGCAGCGCAGCGCUUAGGCUUCAAAAUACUCAGUUCUCGUCCUCGUACGUUCAUCGCGUUCGGCGGUCAAUCCGUCACAGAAGUUUCAGGUGUCGUACAGGUUACGCUUCUCGAUCAAUACGAUGAUGAGCUCACAGUUGAGCCUCAUUGCUAA